GCAUGAAUGUGUAUUGAAGGAGGAAUGCGUCAGACUGUUUUACUCUGAAAUCGAUCAAAACGAAAGGGAGGCGGCACAUAAAGAAAAAGCAUGCUUCAAACUUGAUACAGUUAUAAUGAUGACGAUGUUAGUAUUAUCUACAAAUGAUGAUGAUGAUCUCUUGUAGUAUAAAAAAAUCCACUCUUCACGUUUACAAUUACAGAAAUAAGUUUUAAAAUUCUUCUGCUGCUUUUCAUAUGUCCUUUUAAGAAGUGAACUAAGUUUUUCAGUGGAUUCUAAUUCAAUGUUCAGUGUUGACCUUGUUUAAAAUACAACCUUUCCGGGUAGUUCAAUACAAUAGAAAAUUCAUGACUAAGUUAUAAAUUGGAGUGAAGUAAAAAGAAAACAUUAUUUCAUUUUAUUGUUUUAAUUAUGUCUACAGUAACUACUUGUUUAAAUAAACUAACACAUGAACACAAUGGAAAUAUAACAAAAUCAACUAUUGAAAACUUUAAUCUACACCAUAACAUUCAUAAUCACCAUUCAAAUAAUAAUAAUAAUAAUAGUAAUAAUAAUAAUAAUACAUUAUAUUCAAUGAAUCAUAUAACUACACCGAAUUCAUCUCCAUUUUCAAAUGAUACUUCAACAGAACAAUGUAAUCGUAAUACUUCACUGCCUGCACCUCAUUUAUUGUUACAAUCGAAAUCUGACUAUACACGAACAUCAGUUAUGCUGGAUACACAUAAUCAUAAUGUUAACAAUAGUAAUGAUAAUAAUCAUAGUAGUACUAAUCGUGUUAAUACUUCCUAUUGUACAUCGAAUAGUUUAAGUUAUGCAAAUAAUUCUGAGGCUGUGAAUUUAAACCAUUGUGAUCAAACAUUGGACAGUAAACAAGCAUCAUUUAUUAAUACGACUACUAGUAUUACUAGUACUGCUGGUACUGUUACUCACAAUUAUCAUAAUGGUACACGAGGUAAUUAUAAUUAUCCACGUGGUAGUAAUUUACUCACUUCUCAAUAUGAUAAUAUAACAGAUUCUUUAGCCUAUAAUAAUGAAUAUAUAAAUUAUUCAACUAUAUCAGAAAAUGAAUUUGGACAUUGGAAUAGUAAUUCUUUAACAAAUGAUUUGAAAAUCAAUUCUAGAUCAGAAUUUCGUACACAUAUAAGUGAUACAUCUCAACAGUUAUCCUCAUGUGUAGAUGGAUUUCCUGUACUGUCAACAAAUGAAAAUAUUCCAGGUUUCUCAAGUAUAACUCGUUGUCUAACAUCUUGUCCAACACCAAGACAUGAAGAACACACAGGACAUCAAACAAGUACACAUAUAACUGGUGGUAAUCAUACACAACAUCAUACUUUUCAAUCUAAUGGAUAUUGUAAUAUUCCAGAAAGGAUAUAUGAUAAUACAUCCAAUAGCCCAUCAAAUUUAACAUGUGGACAGACUAUAAUCCAUUCAAGAAUCACUGGUGAUAUGAAGAAUACACCUCAAGUGAAUAAUCGUUCUUCUCGUAGUGCAUCAACACCGACUAGACUAUUAGUUGUAUCAACAACUAGUCCUGUGACAAGUACAAUCACUAUGACUCCUGAUUCUUCAACAAUAGGCUUUACAGGUAAUAAAUUUGGUUGUUCAUCAGAUGAUGGUGAAGCAUCUCCUACACCAACAUGUAGUAGUGGAUGUCCACAAACCCCUGGAAGAACAAGGAAACCUGCACCUACACUAGCUACUGGUAGAAGAAAUUUAAAAGGCGAAUUAGUUGAUCCAGAUGAAGCUGAUCGUCGAAUGAAACGACGUGAACGUAAUCGUAAAUCUGCACAAAAAUGUAGAGAACGUAAAGUUCAACGAACUCAAGAAUUACAAUCUCAAGUGGAAUGUUUACAGUUAGAAGCAAGUAGAUUAAUGCAAGAAUUGGAUAGUUGGCGAUCACGAGCCCGACAAUGUGUUGCAUUGUUACAACAUCAUUGUCCUGGAGUUUCUGUACCAUAUUUAUCAUGUUUAACUGAAGUACCUGCAUGUUUAAGUGAUUAUAAAGAACCUAUAGAUAAUUUAGGUGAUUUACCAGGACAAGAUAAGAAUAUGGAUUGUGAAAGUCAACAGUAUACAUGGAAAAUGAAGUCAUCAACAAAAACCUAUACUAUAAAUGAGACUUCAGAUGGUAUUUUUAUGUCGAAUGAAUCAUCUCAACUACUUCCUCCAAUGAAUUUAUUACAUUCCAAUAUAACAUCGAAUAGAUCAAAAUCUUUAUUGACUUUCUCAUCAAAUAAUUCUGGUAAAGAUAAUGAAAAUCAAAUAUUUUCACAGAAUUCUGAAUUAAAUAAAAUUUCACUUGUAAAUCAUAAUAAUCAUGAUAUAUCAGGUACUUUAUUAAUUCCAAUGUCAAGAAGUACUUCAAAAGCAUCAAUUCAUGGUCCAGCUUCUGCAUCGUCAUCAUCAUCAUCAUCAUCAUCAUCAUGUUCUACAUAUGAAUUAUCAUUCCCUUCAUUAGAAAAUCAUUCUCAUUGUCUUAAUGAAAGUAAUACAUUUAAAGAUUAUACACAAGUUAAUCCACUUUCAAUUAUUGAUAAAAGAGAUAGAUCACGUGUACUCAGUGGUCAAAAUCUAUUGGAUAAUUCGCCUAUUAGUAUAUCAGUUAAAUCAAUCCCAGUUGGGAAUACUAAUAGUAAUCAACAAACAUGGAGUUUAGAAUAUCAUGAAACAUCUGGAAAAAAAAAUUCUUCAAUGGAUUGUUGUAGUCCUUUAUCACCAUUGAAUACAAUAACCAAUGAAACAAAUACUAUGACUAAUCACUUACAAAAUAAUAAAGAUUAUCCAAUUAAAAUGGAUUCAGAAUGUUAUACAGAAUGUGGUAAUUCAAAGAUGCUUAAUAAAACGUAAAAUUAUCACUUUUAACUAUUUGAUAGUAAUAGUAAAACAACAACAACAACAGUUGUCAUGGUAACAUAGAAAGGAAAAUUAGUUUACCAUUUCACGACUAAUCUCUAAGUUUAUUUCUUCAUUUUAAAAUGUAUUCAAUGCUUCCGUUUAUUUGCAUACUCCAUUUUAUCGUUUAUUAUUGUGUGCUUAUAAGUGUUACUUUUUUGAAGAAACUCAUUCACAUAUUUCAUUAUUUCAAUUUUCCAGCUUAAUACUUACUGAAUUUAAUAGGCAUGUUUAAAUAGAUAAUAAUAAUAAUUCAGGGAAUUUGAAUUCCGUUAGUUCAUCUAUAAAGCGCCAAUAUUUAUCUCAAUUACAUCUCAGUUUAUUUAAUUAUUCUACUCUGUUAUUACUUAUUGAAGUAAAUACUUAAUUUCAAAGGUUAGCAGCAUUAUAACUACCAGUACUACUGAUAUCAUUAUGAGUAGUAUCGGUAAGUAGUUUGUCAACUUUUACAUCUAAAUUAUAUACCAUAUAAUUACUAAGUAACUAUGCGAAGUAUUUCCGGUGAUGAUUGACCGACAGGUAUUCUGAAAACUAGUAACAUUUUUCUACAGCAUUUUGAUAAUCAUUUUAUCAUUUUUAUGUACACAUUUUCUUGUCAAUGUUAUUUUUAAUUUAUUCUAAUAAGUUAGGAUAUUUUUGAAAAUUAUCCCAUCAUCUGGAAGCAGAUAUAUGUAUGUACACACAAGAAGACAGAUUCAUGUAUGAAUUCAUUUACUUGAAGACGUUUAAAAUAAAACCUUUGCUACCUGUUCUUACUACUUACAAUCUCUGGUAGUAGUAUGAUGAUGUGAACUGUCUGUGGAAAAGUGUACUUUUUGUCAAUGUAGGACAAUAUCAUACAAACCGGUUGUUUUUCAACAAAAUUUCAUUUCUAGGUUGUUCGGUUUUUAGGUUUUCCAUUUUCCUUUUUGUUUUGGUAAAGAAAAGUUAUUUCUACUGUAUUACUGUUUGUUGUUUAAUAGUAGUAUUAACACUAUCAUUACCAUUGCUAAUACUUCACUUAUUAUCAUUGUUUUUAUCAAUUUAUUUAUAAUUUUGGAGAAUCGAAAAAGUAUUCCCCGUAGUGCCUAAAAGGUCUACUAAUCAUCCUACUGAUACCAGUGCAAUGAUUGUCCUAUGCGUCAGUGUACACUGCACAUAUUAACAUACUACUUAAAUGAGUAAAUCAGUAGUAUAUCAGGUUAUGCUAAAAACCCGUGUGCUUUUUUCAAUAUUUGCGAUUAUAUUAUUUCAAUUUAACUAAUAUUUAUCUGUUUGGUCAUUUAUUUUAUUUCUACACCAUGGUACAUUUUUUUCUAUUUGAAACUGAGCUCAUAAUUUGAUGAUCAGUGCAUUUUUUUCAACAUGCCUUAAACAGUAACAGUUGUAUUGUAGAAUGUAUUUUGUUUUCUCACCUGGUUCGCUCAAUUAUCAUUGAAUUUUUCCAGUUUUUCUCCUUUUUGUAAUUUUUCUAAUUAUUACAAAGACAGUGAUGUUGUUAGGUGGGAGAGAAGAGGUUUAACGGUAUUUGUUUCUAGUUGUUAGAAACUUUCGAAUGCAAAGUCAUUCUCAUCAUUUGGUUUAUUUCGUUAUUUACAUUGUCAUUUUGUUUUUCCUUCGUUUACUAAUUGAAUAUGGCUUCCGAUUUCGAAGUUUUAACUUUUUUUUCAAAUUAACGUUUAAAUACUGUCAGUAAUUAAUUAGUUAAUUUAUUUAUUUAGCAAUAAUUAUACUCAUAAUUAAUAUCGAUAUGAAGUUGUUAUUACUCUUUAAGUUUUAGUCAAUUCAUCC